AUGCCUUUCAGCACAGCGCUCACAAGGGCAUUGGGAAUCCAAAUCCCCGUAGUGCAAGGUGGCAUGCACUGGACUAACAUAGCACUACAUGUUACUGCUCUCACCCAACCGACCCCGGACGAUCUGCGCAAGGAAAUCCGGAAAUGUCGGUCACUGACGAACAAGCCAUUCGGCGUGAACAUCACUCUGCUGCCCUCGCUCAUGCCCCCGGACUACGGCGCCUACGUGCAGGCCAUCAUCGACGAAGGGGUCAAAAUCGUCGAAACGGCGGGCAAUAACCCAGGGCUGGUAAUUAAGCCACUCAAGGAGGCUAAUAUUAUCGUGAUACAUAAAUGCACGACCAUCCGGCAUGCGAAGAAUGCUGUCAAACUCGGCGCAGACUUCUUGUCCAUUGAUGGGUUUGAAUGCGGUGGCCAUGUUGGGGAGGACGACCUCACGAAUUUCAUUCUCCUUAGUCGGGCGCGCCAGGCGCUGGGCGUGCCCUUCAUUGCCUCUGGGGGCUUCGCGGAUGGACAUGGCCUGGCUGCUGCGUUGGCGCUCGGGGCGGAGGGUAUCAACAUGGGGACGCGGUUCAUGUGUACAGUGGAAGCACCGAUCCAUGUCAAGGUGAAAGAGGCGAUAGUGGCCGCCCAGGAAACGGAUACGGCGUUGGUGAUGAGGCGGUGGAAGAAUACGACGCGGCUGUAUGCGAAUAAAGUGGCAAAGGAGGCCCUGAAAGUGGAGACGGAGAGCAAGACCGGGAAGUUUGAGGAGAUUGCGUCGCUUGUCAGUGGGAAGCGCGGACAGCAGGUGUUCAUACAGGGGGAUGUGGACUCUGGUGUAUGGACUGCUGGUCAGGUCAUCGGAUUGAUCCAUGACAUACCUACGUGUGCUGAUCUGUUGGUGCGCAUUGAGCGGGAGGCUCUCAGCUCGAUGAAGAGGACUGGGUCGAUGUGGGUGGAUAAAACCUCGUCGAGUAGACUUUAG